UGAAGAUGAUGGCAUUUAUUGAAAAUUAUUGAUUUUUGUUUUCUCUUAAAAUCGAUUAAAAUUGUGAAACCAAAAAUGUUGUUAUAUUUUCAACUAAGAUUCUUUAAUUCAAAUAUUUUAUUAGCCAUAUUUUUUUGUGAAAUUUUUUCCAUAACCCUUGGUGUUGAUCGUUCAAAAUUAUCGAAUAAAAAUACAUUGACAACGACUACGACAACGACGAAGGCAACGACGGUGACAACUUCAAGAGCAAAACAUUUAUCCGAUAAUAAUGAUCUAUUUUUUCAUGGUAAAAAUGUCAAAAAUGAUAAUCAUAACAUUAGCAAUAACAAGGAUUCUGUUCAAUUACCGAAAUUAUCUAAACCAGAAAUUUUAACUACAACUACGACAACAACAAUUCCAACCAUAAAUGAAACAUCAACACCAUUAUUAUCAUCAUUAAUAAGUAAAAAAAUUGAAGUAAUUGCAUAUUGUAAAGAUCCUGGACGACCACCAAAAUCACAAAUAUCACCAGUACAAUUAACCUAUGUUGAAGAUGAACAAGUACAAUAUACAUGUGAUGAAUUUAUAUCAUUAAAACAAUAUAGAAAAUGUUUAAAAGGAAAAUGGUAUGGUGAAAUGCCAUUAUGUGGUAAUGCAUUUCGUCAAAAUGAUGUUGUACAAGUGUUUAUUUAUGAAGCGGAAAAUGGUUUUCCAAAACGAUUACUUAAUGAAUAUAAUUUGACAAAUAAUCUUAAACCAUUCAAUAAAUUUGGUAAUUCAUUUAUUGCUGAACGUUAUUCAAAUCCAGUUCGUGCAAAAGGUGCAAAAGAUUAUUAUUGGAAUAUAAUCUUAGAAAAACCUGCAUUAAUUCAAAUGAUACGUAUAAGUUUUUCAAUUGUAAAUCAUUUGAUUGAUCCAAAAAUGCGUACAAAUGUAUUCGAAAUUGUUACCGUUGUUACUAAUCAAUAUCGUGAUUGUCAACGUGUUUCGAAUAAUUCCGUUUCACCUUGGCAUUAUAAUUCAACACGUUUUGAUUAUUGGUAUUUUUGUCGGGCAAAAUCAUUGGAUGAUUUUUAUAAAGAAAUUGAACAAAUGUCUAAUCAGAUACGAAUUGAAACAACAUCACAGGUACCGAUUAAAUAUGAUUUAGCAACAUUUAUUUUAGCUGAACAAUAUAGUAAUAAUGAUAAUUAUACUGAUCCAAUUUGUGGUCUACCUGAAAUACCUGUCGGAUUAGAAGCACGUGUUAUUAAUGAUCAAAUAAAUUAUCUAUUUACAUGUGCAAAAGAUUUUCAACGUGUUGAUAAUUAUGGUGGUCAAUUUCUUACCAUACAAUGUGGUUAUGAUAAUCGUUGGCAUGGUCAAUUACCAAUCUGUUUACCUACAAGACAAUGUCAAAAAUUUUCAUUAGAAAAUGAUGAAACACAUACAUAUUUGAUUGAAAUAUAUAAAUAUGAUCGUGUGUUUUUUCGAAAUGAAACCGAUUGGAUACCUGUACGUGGUAGUCGAGCAUUUUUUCGUUGUAAAGAUGAAACAAAUAUUUUUGUCGGUAAAGAAAUACGUAUAUGUGAUGAUGGUGAAUGGACAGGUAGUUUACCGAAUUGUUUACCAACAAGUUCAGUAAAAUCAGAAGAUUCAUUGAAAACCAGUACAAUAAUGAUGAUUGUAUUAUCAACAUUAAUAUUUACAUUUCUAAUGUCAUGUGGUAUGAUUUAUUUUUUUAUGAAAAUUCGUAAUCAACAACCUGCGGAUCAACGACAACAAAUGGGUCAUAAUGGUACUGGUGGUAUUAUGUUACCAGGUAUGGAACUUUCUGAUUCUGGUGCAUAUUAUUCAACAGCGAUUGGUAAACAAAUUGAUGAUGAACAAUAUGAAUCGAUUGAUUUUUCCGAUGAUAAUCGUUAUACACCAUAUAAUGAUUUACAUAAUGAACAACAACAACAACAACAAUUACCAAUUUCAAAUGAAGAACAAGCCAUUUCGGAUUAUUAUGAACGAAUGAAUACAAAUAUUUCAACCAACGUACAACCAAUUAUAAUUUCUGAUUCAUAUUAUGAUGAUUCAAAUGUACGGCCAUCAUAUUUAGCAAUGAGAUGAAAAGUAUAAAU